AUGGAUCGUAGAAACGUUGUAUUUAAUGUUGUACAAGAUAGAUCGAAGAUACAAACAUUUACUCCAACUCUUUUUACAAUGUCCGAUCAACAACAACAACAAGAAACUGCUGAGAAAAGUGUUCAAACACAUGAUUCAUCUAGUGCAACAACUUUACUUGUUACAAAUAAUACCGAGAAUGCUGCUGCUGAAGUUGCCAAUACACUUGUAUCAAUGGCUACUGGACGACAACAACGUGGAAUAACAACAAUGAAACAAUUAAAUGUAAUUAAUGUAUCCAAUUCAUCAACAUCAACAUCAUCAUCAACAUUACCAAUUUUAUCUCUGGCUGAUUUUACAACAUCACGAGGUGUACCAACCGCAACUGCAUUAGCUAAUCAAGCGAAAUUAACACCUAUAAAACAAGAUACUAUAGAAGAAACGACUGAUGAUCAUUCAUCAAUGAUAACCGAUGAUUAUUAUCCAACACGUAUUGAUUCAAAUUCAUCAACAAAAUCAUCUCGACGAGGAAAAUCUAAUAAAAUCAAUUCAUUAUCAAAACAUUCUAAACAUGAUUCAACUGAACCUAUUCAAUAUGGACCCAUAUUAGUUAAACCAAGAAAACAAAUUGCACCAACACUUGCUAAUGGUCGAAAAAGUAAAGAUGAACCACUUCCACCUGAAGAAAAUUUAAAACGUCAACAACGUCGUGAUAGAAAUAAACAAGCAGCAGCUAAAUGCCGUAAGAAACGAAAUGAACUUCGUGAACAAUUAGAAAAAACUGAACAAUUGUUAGUUGAACAACAAAAUAAUCUUCAACGUUCAGUACAAAAUUUAUCUGAUCAAAAAAAUCAAUUAGAAAUCUUAUUACAUCGUCAUCCAUGUUUAAAAAAACCUCAUCUACCAACAACAAAUAAUCUUAAUAUAUCUAAAACAGAUGUUAAAUCAAUUCCAACAACAACUUUAUUAGAUUCAAAUAAUAGUAAACGUGUUACAAUUAAUUUUACAAAUGCUCAAGAUUUAUUUACUGUAUCACCAUUAACACGUACAACUGAUGCAUCAUCGUCAUCAUCCGUACCAAUGAUAACAAUACAUAUAUUACCAGAAGUUGCACAAGCAUUACUUGGUUCAACAUCCGUUGAUAAAGCUAAAUUAGCUGAAUUAUUACAACAAGCAAAUGCAAAUACUUCAUCAGCAACAGAUUCAAUGUCGACAAACAAUACAAGUUAA